AUGACCACUGCAACUACUCUGUGCCUUUCGAAUACAGAAACCUUGUUAAAAGAAAUGAAAAUUGAGGUAAUAAAGCGAUGCGUGAUCUUUUACUGUUUAAUGUGUAUUAAUAGAUUUUCGUGUUUGAGGCUCUCCAAAGUUAUCGCAUUUAUUUCAGCUCAGUUCAGAAAAAUGCAACAGUGCCUUGGCAGUUAUUACGUAUUGGUUGUGGAAGACAAAAGCAUAGGCCAAAUCAUUGCCACGGGAACCCUGGUCCUUGAGCACAAGUUCAUUCAUGCGGCUGGACAUCGUGGCAGACUCGAAGACUUGGUCGUCCUCAGUGAAUACCGCGGAAAGCAGCUUGGACAAAUAAUCAUGACCGUUCUCACGUUGCUGGCGGAAACUUUUGGCUGCUACAAAGCAUCGCUCGAAUGCAAAGACCAUUUGAUUACGUACUACGCGCGGUUUGGAUUCCAGAAAGAUGUUGGCAACAACUUUCUAGUGCAGCGAUUCACUUCCUAA